CCCUCAUUUCCCCAUUACCAAACGUCUUCCGUUAACAGUCUCCUUCUCUCCUAACUGCUCCUUCUCUCCCUUUUCAUUCCAUCGCAUUCAACCCAGAUUGGCUACGACUUUGUUUACGCCUUGAGACCUCACUCUGUUCCGCUCAUGCGCCGACGCUAAUCUUCCUGGCCUGAUGGCUGAUAGAGCUCUCAUGCCUAUUUCUACCUUCCUGACAUGUUGACUGAUGGAGCUCUCAUGUCUACUCUAGGAGCAAUCGCCGGAUUGAAUGAUUCGAUUUCAUUUUGACAUUUGCCGAAGAACGCUUCUCGAUUCAGAAACGGGCGGCACGGGUUCAUUUUAGUUGAGCUGGACAUUGGAAAGGACAUAAGGGUUCACAACUAAGGGCUAUUAUCUACUCCUAUUCUUGCGUGCAACACAAGUGAUGGAAAGGACAUAUUUUCUCGAUGACCAUUUUCUAAAAAGGUUCAUUUUAGUUGAGCUGGACAUUGGAAAGGGCAUAAGGGUUCACAACUAAGGGCUAUUAUCUACUCCUAUUCUUGCGUGCAACACAAGUGAUGGAAAUCCAAGAGGUGCUCUCACCUUCAAUUGUUCCCCUUGUGCCCUUAGAGAUAUAUAUUGUUCGGUCUACAAACUUUCUUUGGGGCUACUGACCAGUCUUCUUCAGUAGUGCUUAGCCAAGUUUACAGAUUUAUUUGAAAAUGAAAAGCUAAAUGAAGGGCAGGAUAGCAUUAAUUUAUUAAAAUGAAAAGCUAGACAACCGGUUAGGUAGUUUGAUUGUUAGGUUCUUUGGUUGAAUCCCAAUUAAGUACAUGUAGACAUAUCUUCUUCUUUUGUUUUUUUAUUAUUUAAAAAUGAUUUCUUACUGUAGUUCUCCAAAUUACUUUUAGUCUUUUACUAUGGCAAUAAUGUAUUUCAAAGAUGUACAUCUAUUUGAAAGCAUAUUCCUUGGAUGUUUAUUAGGUGAAGGUACUUUGUAAUCGUUUCUGCUUCUACACCGAUGCAUUGGGUAGAACAGAGGCAAUAAAGUUUUUUUUAUGUCAAUGGCGAUGCUUGAGUUGAAUUUUACUCUUCUUAUCUCUUUACUGCAAGACUGUUUAUCACUUUAUUGUAAUUAAUAACCUGUUCAAUUUUUUAUACAUAUGCAACAUUUGGGCAGCAAGUGAUCCAAAUAUGGAGGUAUUAGUACUUGCCAUUUCUUGAUAUGUGGAAUUAGAUAUCACGCCUAUUAUGUAUUUUGCGCUCUAUAUUGCAGACCCCACCCGAAGUAUGAAUGUUUUUGUCCUUUUAAUCAUUUGGUGGUUGUCAUUUAUGAGUGCUAGAGGUGUGUUUUUAUGUAGUCUUUCAAUUCACACCUUAAAAAUGUGAAUAAUUAUGAUGCUGUACUUAUGCUUGCGACCUGCAUGCACAUUGGGGGGCCAUCUGCGGACUGUGUCUAUCAAUGCAAGCAAAUUGAUGAUCCAGAACAGCAACUUUAUUGAGUGGCGGAUUAGGAGUAAAAAACAAACACAAAUAGGCUUUGAGAAACCUUUCGGGCAGAAAAUAUAGGCAUAUAUAAGCUUAAAUGUAGCUGACUGUUUGAGGUAUCUUUGAGCCUAAUUAUGUCCUUAAGGGAUGCAAAUAGAACUCUAAGUUUGAAAGUAGUAAUAUUAUUUCAGAUGAUAGCUCAAUGCUACCUGAAAAGAGUGACGAAGUCGGUAGUCCUAUUAUGAACUCAACUAGAUGUUUUACUCUUCUAGGCUUUUUAUACGCAAAAUUGUGAUACCACUAGAGCUUCAUAUUUUACUUCUUCAACCUCUUUAUAUAGAUGUUUGAACUUUUUACUCUUAUUCUAAACUUAUCUGAACCAUUCCCCAUUAUAUACGGACUGCUUGUCAUUUUCACAAUUUUGCUUGCAUCAAAGUUAAUACAAAUAAUGGAUUAUAUUUGGUCAUCAAUAUCAACUUACAAUUCCUGGAAUAUAGAAAAGGAAGAAUUAGCUCUAUUAGAAAGAGGAAUGUGUAGAACGAAAUAGAUGAACAACUAACAUCUAAAUGAAUGGAAAAUUAAAUCUAAACUUUGAUGUCAUUUGUAUAUAAAAAUUUAUUGCUAUACGUAUGUUACUUAGUGAACUGUUUGAGGCAUGUCAUAAUAUGAUUUAGUCCGAAUUGUUUGUCUUAUGAGUAAAUUAUCCUUUAAUGUUAUAGAAAGUGGUAAUUCUAUUAGUCAAUUUAUUUGAAUUUAUAUAAACUUCGGAUCAAUAUGAUAGUCUAAAUGUUGGUUUUAUUCUCUUUAGUGGAAAAGCUUACUGCAUUUGUCUCUUUAUUUUCAGUUUUCCCUAUGCUAUGACCAAUAAUAACCUGUUAUGAUUCUUUGUGAGAUAAAAAGGUUCCACUUUUCAUGUUUUUGAAGCAUACAAAAUUACAAAUGGCAUGACUUAACUAAUUUUUGUGGACAUAUUUGGAUCUAACUCAUUUUCAUGGGCAUAUAAAAUGUCAAAUAUGAAUAUGAAUGACAUUUGUGCCUCAAGAGUAAUGUCACCAACCGAUUUUGUGACUCGCCAUUAAGUUUAUCUUUACAAAAUUAUAAUCAUGAAUCAAGGUUAGGCUAUUUUGGGUGUAAAUAAUUUGUUGGUGUCCACAGCUUUGUAUAGUUGUACUGAAUGGUUGAGUUCUUAUACUGAGAUGUUUCCUUCAUUUAUCCAUCAAGAGGUAUGUAUUCCUCCCGUCUAGCUCCGUUAACAUGACCUUCCCCUCGCCCGGCCUCUGCGAUUUCCUCUUCAUUCCAACGCACCAAACCGAGCAACCUGGCUGCUAGAUUAGGCAUUGAGGGUCGCAUUUGUCCCGCCUCGCGGGAAGCCCGGUGCGCCGCCGCCUAGGUUACUCUCAACUGUGUUGUUUCCCUUCGUCACCUCCCUGCACUCUUAGUUAUUUAUUUCUUUAUUUAAAGAGUAAAUGAUGUUUCCACUGCAAUUGAAGCUCAAUAACAAUCCUCCGCUCUUUCUGAGUCCUAUAAAGCACAAGUUAUUGAAUCUGAAAAUGCUCUCUCAGCUUCAAUGCCCACAUGUGUCCUUUAUAGAUAGGCUUCCACACUUGGCUAAGCUGUGUUUUCACUCCUCUCCAGAGUUUGAUCUCUAGGUAAGCCAUUUACCCCUACCAUCUAUUUGGUGCAUGCCUUUCUUGUGUUUACUGUCUUACUGAAAAUUGUUGUUGAUAAUGUUUGUGAAUAUAAGUAUUCUUCUUGUUUUAAGACAUAAUAACAGUGAUAUAUGAAAUUAGGUAAGAACAAGUCACUUCCAUCUCCCUGUAUGAUAUUAUUAGCUAAUAGAGGCGAAAUUGCAUGUAGAAUUAUUAGAACUGCCAAAAGAUUCGGGAUUCGAACUGUCUCCGUCUACAGCGAUGCCGAUAAGUAUAAUCUGCAUGUGAAAUCCACCGACGAGGCCGUACGCAUUGGCCCUCCGCCGGCGCGUCUGAGCUACUUGAAUGCUUCAUCCAUUAUUGAAGCUGCAACUCGUACUGGAUCUCAGGAAUUUUAUACGGGUGCAUACAUUGGUAGAAGAUUGACAGAAAUGCAUAAGCUUGCUGAUAAAUUGCUUUUUGAAUCAUUGCUUUCAUAUAUAAACAUGCAGCUUAUGCAUGAAAGCAAUGAUUCGAAAAGCAAUUUAUCAGCAAGCUUAUGUUUGUAUGUGGGUCUAAAAGAAUGCUCACCAUCCAGUACUCCAGUGUGCCAGAAGAGUUGAUCGUUGAGUAGCGUGUGUAAAUCGAGGAAGAUGAAGUGAACGUCUAAGAGCCUUGGCACUGAGCUACCUACUGCUUAGCUGUGAGGAUGGGGUGAGAGCACGACCGCACAAGUGGAGAGGCACCUGAAAGUAUGAUUUUAUCUCUAACAUGUAUAGGUUGAUUGUACUCAAUUUAGGAUCAGGAUACGGUAAGACCUGAAUAUUUAUGUUUAUGAAAUAAAGGCAUCUGUGAAAUAGAGGUAUUUGGAUGAGUUUUGCCCCCAAUUAUACAUUUAUACAUGUUGCUGCAUCAAGAA